AUGAGAGUUAGUGCCUCAACUUCUCGAGCCAAUGAAAGCUCUCCAGAAAGAGAGAUGCGAUUAGCAGCUGACAGAGCGAGACGUGCUACACCACGGGCGUCUCAAAGUUCUUCUCAACGAGAGCUAAGGCUUACCAUUGACCGAGAACUGCGGCUCACAGCUGACCGCGAACGGCAUACAUUAUAUCGCGAGUCCGAAACCUACACUGAGAGGGAAUUACGUCUCACAACUGACCGCGAACGGCAUACAUUAUCUCGCGAGUCCGAACGGCAUGUACUAUUCCGUGAGUUCGAAACCUUCACUGAGAGGGAAUUACGUCUCACAGCUGAUCGCGAACGGCAUGUACUAUUCCGUGAGUCCGAAACCUACACUGAGAGGGAAUUACGUCUCAUUUAG